UUUGAUUGGUUUAUCUGGACGGAAGUAGCGCAGCACAUGGUUAUUGCGAGUGUCGUGGUAAUGCAGCGCUCCAUCAUGGCUUCAGACAUAGUUCCUGGUCAGUUUGAUGAUGCAGACGAAGAAUUGUCACACAGCAGCAGCAGUGAGUCAAAAACUGCAGACGACAUACGCCAGACCAGUGACCAAGAAGACAUCGAUGAAGAAAUUGAAGAUGAUGAGGACGACUGGCAUUUUGAUAUGUAUGACCAGGAUGGAAACCUCACAAAACGAGUACAGUCUCGGGGAGGUUCUAACCAACAGAGUCAGAGUUCAAAAGUCUCAGGUUUUCAGCCCAGAGAAAAACUACUUAGCCAAUACAGCAAUAAAGUUGACUUUGGUAAGUUACCAGAUAGUGCUACUUCAGCAUUACACUCACUCAGCAAGAAGACAGAGGCUGACAGAAAUCGAAUGAAAGACAAGGCAGAUAGAGCUACCACAGAUUCUGUGCUUGAUCCACGCACCAAAAUGUUAAUUUUUCGACUUCUAAGCAAAGGCAUUUUGCAUGAGAUAACAGGGUCCAUCAGCACAGGCAAAGAAGCCAAUGUAUUUAGAGGAGAGAAGCACACUCCUAAUGGCACAGAAUAUUUUGCUUUGAAGGUCUACAAAACUUCUAUUCUUACUUUUAAGAAGAGGGAAAAGUAUGUUGAUGGAGAUUAUAGAUUACGGCGGGGGUACUGUGGACCAAAUCCAAGAAAGAUGAUAAGGACUUGGGCAGAGAAAGAAAUAAGAAACUUGACAAGGAUACACCAAUCUGGUAUUCCAUGCCCUGCACCAGUUCUUCUGAAGGAUCACAUUCUGUUAAUGAGUUUCAUUGGUUCAAAGGAUGGCAUUGCAGCUCCUCUUUUGAAAAACACCCAGUUAUCACAAGAAAAGGCAUGUGAGCUGUACUUGGAAAUAGUGCAGGACAUGCGCAAGCUGUACCAGACUUGCCAUCUCAUUCAUGCAGACCUCAGUGAAUUCAACCUUUUAUAUCAUGAAGGGAAAGCCUACAUGAUUGAUGUAUCACAAGCAGUGGAACAUGACCAUCCUAAUGCAUUGGUGUUCUUGAGGAAGGACUGUGCAAAUAUUACAGAAUUUUUCCAGCGACGAGGUGUGGCAACUAUGCUGGUAAAAGAAUUGUUUGAGUUCAUCACAGACCCUACAAUUACUUCAGACAACGUAGAACAAUAUUUGGAAGUUGCCAUGGAGAAAGCUUUGGUCCGUAGCCACAAUGGAUUGACCGAACAAGACAAGAUAGAUGAGGAGGUGUUUAAAAAUGUUUUCAUUCCUCGUAUGCUGACUGAAGUCGAGCACUAUGAGGAAGACGUUCAGAGAAAGUUAAAAGGCGAAGACAUAGAGGCUCAUUAUCAUACUGUCACUGGUUUGAAAUCAGAUCUGUCUGGUGCACAGCAGAUACCUCAGCUGCUGGAGGAAAAACUACAGCUUGCAUCUCUUGAUGUGGAUGAUUGUUGUUCGGAGAAAGGAACAUUAGCUGAAAAUUCAGCUGGAGAGGAAACUUAUUCUAGCAGUGAUGAAGAAGGAAACCCAGAAACAGAUGGAAGAAAAACUAAAGGUGCAAAAAGACCCAAGAAUGAGACGACAGAAGAAAAAAAGGAACGGAAGAAAGAAGUGAAAGAUGCCAGGAAAGAAAAGUUAAAGACAAAGACACCUAAGCAUGUUAAGAAGAGAGGAGAAAAGCUCGCAAAGAGCAAAAAGACUCAUAGUGAAAAUGCUGAUCUGAAUGUUCGAAAACUUGCCAUGUACAAGUUUUAUGUGUGCAUUAGCUUGUCUUCGGAUGGACUUCUGGGAUUAUCUCUGGGAUCCACGACAGGAGUUACCUUCCCUGAAAGGGAGGCCACUCUAAUCAGAGUGAUCUUCGCAGGCUGCACAAUGUUCGCACGAAUUUGGAAUUGCAUGAAAAGGCACAAGAAGAAGGUUAUCUUCUUCUCUACGCUUUUUGGAGGUGGAUGGCUGACGUACAGGUGGUUACAGCAAAAGCUUAAAGAGCUAAGUGACCAAGAAGACAAAGAAUACAUAGAGAGAGUCAAACGGCAGCAUCACUUUGACAGCAAUCAGCGAACAUGCAACAUGACAGUCCUGUCCAUGUUGCCAAAUCUGCGAGAAUCCAUAAACAAAGAGCUUAAUUCUGACAGCAUCACACAUUUACUGCAGAGCAGUCCUCCUAACAAGAUGUCUCUGUGGGAACAGCUCAAGAUUAUCACUAUGACACGCAUCAUGAUUGUAGUGUAUGGGUGCUGUCUUCUAUCCCUGUUGCUGCGAGUGCAGCUCAAUGUUGUGGGUGGAUAUCUAUUCUUGGACAGCCUUGGUCAAAAGUCACUGCAGACUCAAUCAACAGAAGCAAGAAGCAAACAGCAGACAAUACCACAGAAUGUGCAAGAAAAAUACUUGUCACGUAUUGGCUACUUUCUAAAGCAAGGAAUUUUUGAUCUUUGUGCGUUUGUACGACAUGCAGUUGCCAAGGAAGUAAGCGGCAUUUCUCUGAAGGAGCUGAUGUCUAUUGACUACGUCCAGGGCGUUUUGAAUGCUGUUCGUGAGCGAGUAGAAUGUGGCCGCAUGGAAAUGUGUCAGGGUCCACCCACGCUGCCACUGGUUCAGUACUUAUUGCCGGGAGAAAAGGUGCCUGAUAUUGAGGUGAAAACAGAUGAAGAAGAAAUAUGUGAUAAACUAGACAAGGAAACAAGAGACAUCUUGGAAAGCCCUGACUUUCACCUGGUUCUCCAGGAAAGCUUAGAAAGAGGCUUUACAAGGGUGAUGGACACACUGGCAGAUCACUACCGACUGAAGAUGAAUGCAGAAAAUCCCCAUAUAGGACUGUAUGAAGUGACCAUGCCAUGUGCCAAGCUGCUGCCAGUUCUGGAGAGUGUGUUAGAUAACAUGCUUUGUGAUGCUCCCAAUCCUUUUGUCCAGGAGCUGCUUCUUUUGGAGCAAAUGAAAAACCUAGCAGCCAACAUCUAUGAAGCCUUUAGCCAAGAACAGCUCAUGUCUCCAGGUUGAUGUCUCAACUCUGUACCAGUAAAAAUAUAAACCUAUGUCUCCAGGUUGAUGUCUCAACUCUGUACCAGUAAAAAUAUAAAAUCAGCCUUAAAUUCUUUUAAGUUUAGUUAAGCAUGCAAAAUCAAAAAUAUGUCAGAAAACUAUAUUCACUUCUGGAUGUUGUGAAUCUUGAAGAGUUAAACAGAGCCCUUCCUGAAAGUUCUGUACAGCUAUAAGCAGUCUUGUUUGUCUUAAGCAUAAAUAUCAUAGUCCAAUAAAGAAAAAUUAGCUUGA